AUGGGAAUUCUUCACUCCAAUGUCCCAGUUCAACAAAUCGACGCAGCGGCUGCCGAUUACGGUGUAGCGUACAACCGGCGGGACAACAUUGGGAAUGAAUUUCACGCUUCACAAAGGGCUAUUCAAGAUUUGUGCAAGGAAUUCUCCCAAACUUGUGGUUUCCAGCUGAAAGUUUCGAGCUUUUCUGCUAAGCGGAACGGAUCUGGCAACGCCAAAUACGUGUGCAAAAAACUUAACCAGGAUGCACCAGAGGAAACAAUUUAUUGCCCCUUUUUCUUUAACGUGAGUGGAGUGGAAGGAUUCUGGAAGUCGGCCUGUUGCUGA